AUGUCGGAUAGUUUAGGUGACGAGUACGCACCAGCAUUUGCUCCAUUCCUUGGAUUUGCUGGAUGUGCUGCAGCCAUGAUAUUAUCUUGCGCUGGAGCAGCUAUUGGUACCGCCAAGUCAGGUAUUGGUAUUUCAGGUAUUGGUACAUUUAAACCAGAGUUAAUUAUGAAAUCGUUAAUCCCAGUCGUUAUGUCGGGUAUUUUGUCUGUGUAUGGAUUGGUUGUGUCUGUUUUGAUAGCAGGAGGAUUGUCACCAACAGAGAAUUAUUCACUUUUCAAUGGAUUUAUGCAUUUAGCGUGCGGAUUGUCCGUUGGAUUUGCAUGUUUGGCGUCGGGGUAUUCGAUUGGGAUUGUAGGUGAUGAAGGGGUUAGACAAUUUAUGCAUCAGCCAAGACUCUUUGUCGGUAUUGUCUUGAUUUUAAUUUUUGCUGAAGUUUUGGGAUUAUACGGUAUGAUUAUUGCCUUAAUUUUGAACACUAAGGGUAGUGGUUAA